AUGUUGCAGUCGUGGGAGGUGCUGGUGGCUCAGACAGAGAGUCUCAGUCAGCUGAUGAAGAGGCGCUCUGAGGAUCUGCAGGAAGGUCCCAUCAACAAACUGACCCUUCUCAUACGAGACAAACAACAACUGCGCAAAAACUAUUCUGAGCAGUGGAGCGCCCAGAGACAAGAGCUCAUCAGGGUGACUCAGACAGCGCUGGAGACACUGAAGAACAGCUACAGACAGGCUGUGAGGAACGCCGCUCAGGCCAAGAGGAAGUAUCAGGAAGUCAUCAAAGAGCGUGAGCAAGAAAAGGCCAAAGAGCGUUAUGUGAAGGCGUCAGUCAAACUCUACGACCUCCACAACGAGUACGUGCUGUCAGUGCGAGCGGCGCAGGUUUAUCAUCAGCAGCACCACCGCCACAUUCAGCCGGCUCUGCUCCAGGCUCUGCAGAGUCUGCAGCAGGAGAUGCUGCUCAUACUAAAGGAGAUCCUCCAGGAGUACUUUGACAUCUCCACGCUGCUGCAUCAUGAAGUGGUGCAUGUCCAUAGAGAAAUGUCUACUGCUCUAACAGCCAUCGAUCCUCACUGCGAGUACGACAGCUUCAUCCAACAAAACAGGUCUGUAGGGGAAGACCCAGCUUGUGUCGAUUUUGAUUUGAGCAUCUUGGACGAAAAUGGGCGACUUUUCACCGCAGAGAUAGAUCUGAAUGACCUUACACUUGAGAACAUCCAACACAAACUUACAGCGUUGGAGGAGGAGUUGAUGGACCUUGCACGCACACUGGGCUCUAAGCAGUCGACAGUGGAGCAGCUGGAACAAGAGUUAUGCUCUGAAAGAGAAGGCGUGACAAAAGGACAGAGGGUCUAUCAGUUCAGUAAAAGCCAAGCCCUAGAGCAGAGCCGACAGCAGGUGGUUUUAUCUCAGGGACUUCGGGCCAAACUGGAGGUUCAGCGGUUGCUGCUCAAAGAGAAACUGGAGCAACUGGGGUCUGAGGACCCUCCCCCUGCUUUAGAGCUCUCCUCCUCCAGCACCAGUAACGACAAGAAUCAAAGUGCUUUCAAGGUGGAUGGAUUUAUAAGCAACCUGAGUGGCCUGUUUAAAACUAAAAGUGAGACGCCUGUUGGCCAAACAUCGCAGCUUGUGGAGGAGUGUGAUCAUGGUGCUAGUGCUGCUAGUGCUAAUGCUGCCGAAGCUAACGCAGCGACGUGUGUGCGCAUGCGCGGGGGCGGAGGGGUCCUGGAUCAGCUCGAGGUGUCCGAGGAGAGCGCCUGA